AUGCUACAAUGGGGCAUCACCAUCCCGAAUCCAACUCAAGGAGACCCUCCAAUGGCUGACCCGCGACGAGAUUUCGUCAAAUACACGUUCUAUAAGGUGCAGCCCGAGUGGCGCCGCCUGCCCGUGGCCGAGCGCGAGGCCGCCAAGGAUGAGUUCGCCGCGGUGGCCGGCGAGCACUCCGACCGGGUCGCCCUGAACACCUACACGCUGGUGGGGGCGCGUGGCGACACCGAUUUCAUGCUGUGGGGCGUGUGUCCGGAGCUGGAACCCAUCAACGAGAUGGCCGCGCGACUCAACGGGACCCGCUUGGGCGGCUACCUGGAGACGCCGCACUCGUACCUGGGCAUGACCCGCCGCUCGCCCUACAUUGACAACCACCAGCACGAGGGGCAGGAAGGAACCGGCGACGCGGCGUCCAUGCGCAUCGUCGGCCGCCGCUAUCUGUUCAUGUAUCCCUUCUGGAAGACCCACGAGUGGUACCAGCUACCCAAGGAAGACCGCCAGGAACUGAUGAAUGAUCACUUCGUCAUCGGUCACAAGUACCCGCAGGUGAAGAUCUCCACGGCCUACUCCUUCGGCCUGGACGACCCGGAGUUCGUGCUGGGCUUCGAGACGGACGAGCCGGGAACCUUCCUGGACCUGGUCAUGGAACUCCGGGAGUCCAAGGCCCGCCCCUAUACCCUCAGGGACACGCCCAUCUUCUCCUGCAUCAACCGCCCCCUGCGGGACUGCCUGGACGACGCGGCGUAG